AUGCGAAGACCUGGUGUGCCGGCUGUAUGCCUCGCCGUUCUUGCUCUGCUGAGCAAUGAGGGCGGCGUAUCUGCUGCUCCACCAUCGUCCGUCUCUUCAUACGCAAGUCCGGACUCAUGUGCUUUGGAGCCAAAGGCGCAAGUGUCUGAUGCAUGCGCAUCAUAUGCCGAUCUGAACACCCUCAACGACCGACUACAUCCAUACGUUCGAAACCUCGCGAAUAAUACCGACUUCUUUUCGUACUAUCGACUCAACCUGUACAACAAAAAGUGUCCCUUCUGGAGCGAUGAGAACAGCUUGUGUGGGAAUAGAGCAUGUGCGGUGGAUACGUUGGACAAUGAGGAGGACAUUCCGCUAAUAUGGCGGGCUUCGGAGCUCAGUAAACUGGAAGGACCCAAAGCGCAUCACCCGGGGAAGAAGCAACAACGUGAGCGACAACGACCUUUGAUGGGUGAGCUCGGAGAUGACGUGGGGGAGAGCUGUGUCGUUGAGUACGACGACGAGUGUGAYGAGCGGGAUUAUUGUGUUCCAGAGGACGAGAGCGCAAGUGGCAAGGGAGACUAUGUCAGUUUGGCCGACAAUCUGGAACGAUUUACAGGAUAUUCUGGCGAGGGACCACAUCAGGUAUGGGAGGCCAUUUACCGGGAGAAUUGCUUUUCAAAAGCUUUGCCCAACAAGUUGGGUGCAAGCGUGCCAGGCCUCUCUCCGCCUGUAUCAGGGUUCUCCUUUGACCAGGCACAGGCGGCGCAAGAAUUCAAGCAGGUCGUCAAAGCCCGCGAUCGCCAACAAGCAAUUCAAUCCGGGGGAACGCACGAUGCUCUGGAUUUCGAAGAUGAAUGCAUUGAAAAAAGAGUGUUUUACCGAGUUAUCUCGGGCAUGCAUGCUUCCAUCUCCACUCACUUGUGCUACGACUACCUGAAUCAGACAACAGGAGAAUGGGGUCCAAACUUGGAAUGCUACAAAGAAAGGCUGCACACCCAUCCCGAGUGGAUUUCAAAUCUCUACUUCAACUAUGCUCUCGUGCUGCGGGCAGUCGGAAAACUACGGGAUUACGUACAGGAUUACACCUUCUGUACUGGUGAUCCCUCGCAAGACACCAAGACGAAGAAGAUGAUCACSGUCCUGGCCGAUGCCAUUCCAGCAGGGCCACAGAUCUUUGAUGAGAAUGUCAUGUUUCAAGACAAUACUGCCGACGGAAUCAGCCUCAAAGAAGACUUUCGCAACCGAUUUCGCAACGUGAGUAGGAUCAUGGACUGUGUUGGUUGCGACAAAUGUCGCCUUUGGGGCAAGGUACAAACGGCAGGAUUUGGCACCGCACUCAAGGUUCUCUUUGAAUUCGGCAACGAUCAAGUUGGACAAGAGAAGCCCUUAUUACGCCGCACCGAGCUGGUAGCUCUGAUCAACACAUUGGACAAGAUCAGCUCCGCGAUGAAAGCACUGGAACACUUUAAAUUAAUGCUUCAGGCCGAGCAGGACGGGAAGACAACUGCAGAGAUCGAAAGGGUGUCUGACGUUGUGAGACCCAGCAUUGUAACAAAUUUUGAUGACCUGGACGAUCUGGACGACUUCGAAGAUUACUCCACCAACCCGAAGAAGCCUUCAAAGAAAGAGCAGACCAUCAAGGAGAUCUUUUGGGAAGAGCUCAAUGUUGUGUGGUCGGCAUACAUGUUUGUGCUCUCCAGUUGGGUGGAGAUGCCGUUCAAGAUUUCGUCGAUUGUGGCGUUGGAAGUUGAACGAUUGUACAGUUUCUGGUUAGGGCGACCUAUGAAACCCAGGAGCUGGGAGAUCCGAUUCCCGAAGAAGGACGAGCUAUGA